AUGGCAAGCCCUGAUGCUCCCGUCUCAGCAUGUCGCUUUUCCACGCGCAUUUCAAUUCGAUGGCUUCCAGAAUCGGCCCAUGAGACUACAGACACAAUCGUCAUGUCUGUGGGUGAAUGGUAUCUUGAUCUGCGAAUGGAAAAGUCAACAGGCAAGAUAGACUGGGCGAUUGCCGGUCAACGGCUCAUCGAAAGCCAAGAACCCCUCCAAGUCUCUUUCACUCAUGAGCUUGAUUCUCAGAAUUCUUUUGAAAGUGCCGACUGUGGCACCUUUGUCACCCUUCCAAAUGGCGACGACCUUGAAACUGGGUCGAUGCCUCGGCCUGAUCGACCAGGUGCUCCUGUGACCGAGUACGAAGAAAUAUGGAGAGAACUUCCAUUCCGUGAAGGGCCUGAAGGCGCCAAGAGGGGCAUGUCAUGGGUUCUUGAGUCGGAUGAUGGGGAAUUGAGUGAAGGAGAGACUACCCUUACUAAGACAUUUUUGGGUCGGAUUUGGGGAACAUAUCUGGCCCUGGAGCAAACCCAGGUCCAUAAGCGAACGAAGAACUCGGAUGGAAACUGGGUUGUGAGUAAAAGUGGUGCUGAUGUCAGUGUGAGACGAGAAGAAUGGAGCUCAGGAUGGAAGGAUCGGUAUGUGGUGGGGGUCAAUGGGACGAAGCUGCCUUCCAUGGCUCGAACUGGUGGAUUUGAUGGAGAAGGAAAGGGUUCCUGGAGGAUUCCGGGGGUAAGGUGA